ACGCUUCUCUCUCCUCCAAUACAUCUCCGAAAUGAAAAAUAUCUCCCUCUCUCUCUCCUCUGGACGUAUAUUUUGCCCCAUAAAAUAGGAAAAAAAUCUUCACUUUCCCCCCAAAAGAAAUCCCACUCCCAUACCCCAUCCGCAGCACCCAACUCCACAACCGCAUAAAACCGGCCAAAAAUGGCCGCCGUCGCCAAAAUCCACGUGUCGCCGCCGCUGCACUGCCACCGCAGCGGCCAACCGCCGCCCGUCCGGCUAGACGUUCGCCGUAAUUUGGUCAUGCUUGAAACGAUUUCGGCCAUAGCUCGGUCUAGAGGCCGUAGACGACUGUGUGCGAGGUCGUUUAGGUCCGAGGAAGGAGGCGGAGGAGGGGAGGUAGCCGAGGAAGAGGAGGAAAGUGUGAGAAAGGGCGAGAAUAAUCUGAUGGAAAAUAAUCGGGUGCGGAGUAGCAAGGGGAGUUAUACUCGUUUGGAUUUUUUAAAGUCUGCUUUUUUGCAGUCACCGUUGGAUGAUAGGUUUCAGGAUGCGUUGGAUAAGUUGGAGGAGAGGUUAUUCUCGAUUGCUAUGCAAAUUGGAAGAUACAUCGUGACUAUGGCGAGCACCGGAGUAAUACUCCUAAUCGGGUUUCAGUUGUCAGGUGGAGACAGUCAGUUGAAUGAUUUGGUAUGGUAUAGCUGGCUUGGAGGUGUCAUUAUUGGAACAAUGAUAGGAGCCAACAUGGUUUUAGACGACGUCAGUCGUGCCGGUCCACGUAAUGUUGUCAUUACCGGAAGUACAAGGGGCCUGGGGAAAGCUCUUGCUCGGGAAUUUCUUCUUUCUGGAGAUCGAGUUGUAGUUGCUUCACGAAGUCCUGAGUCUGUUGAUAUGACUAUCAAAGAGCUUGAGGAGAUCUUGAAAGAGGGUGUGGUUUCCGAAGGUGGCUCAUCUGGGAAUAUGGCACAUGCGAAAGUAGUAGGCAUUGCAUGUGACGUUUGUAAACCUGAUGAUGUGCGGAAAUUGGCAAAUUUUGCUGUCAGUGAACUUGGUUCUAUCGACAUAUGGAUAAACAAUGCUGGGACAAACAAAGGUUUUAGACCCUUACUGGAGUUCAGUGACAACGAUAUUCAACAGAUUGUCUCUACAAACUUGGUUGGAUCUAUACUUUGCACUCGCGAAGCCAUGCAUGUCAUGAAAAACCAGAACAAGGGCGGUCAUAUAUUCAAUAUGGAUGGUGCUGGUUCUGGAGGAUCUAGCACCCCUUUGACAGCUGUCUAUGGAUCAACAAAGUGUGGUCUAAGGCAGCUUCAAUCAUCACUCUUCAAAGAGUGUAAAAAGUCAAAAGUGGGAGUGCAUACAGCCUCCCCAGGCAUGGUUCUGACUGACUUGCUCUUGAGUGGGUCAACUAUACAAAAUAAACAAAUGUUCAACAUCAUUUGCGAGCUCCCAGAAACAGUUGCUAGAACUUUAGUUCCACGGAUGCGGGUUGUAAAGGGAAGUGGUAAGGCCAUCAAUUACUUGACCCCUCCAAGGAUAUUACUAGCUUUAGUCACUGCAUGGCUGCGACGAGGUCGUUGGUUUGAUGACAAGGGAAGAGCAUUGUAUGCAGCUGAGGCGGAUAGACUCCGCAACUGGGCUGAAAGCCGCACUCGUUUCUCUUUCACGGAUGCCAUGGAGAUGUACACAGAAAACACUUGGGUCUCUGUCUUCUCACUUUCAGUCGUUUGCGCCUUCAUAAUUCUUACUAGUACUGGGUCUGGGAGCACGUUUCCUGGCACCUGACGACAGCUCUUGAAACUAGGAACCGUAAGAGAGAUAUCGAAAUCUCCCCUGGUAUUCAUCAAGGAAUCUGACUGUUUCGUUUCAAGUUGCCAAUUGUGCAACCAAAAAGGUAAUGAUUCAUACAACCGGUGCAUGGUUUUUCUCCCUGCAUCCUCCAAUGAUUUCUUCAACCAUUCUGGGGUUGAUAGUUGCAAAAUUCGAGCCAGAAUGCUCUGCAAUGUAUAGAAGUCUCGAACGGGCUCUUUUAUGAUUCUCUAUUGAGAUGCUUGUAAGUUUUUACAACAUUUAAUUUCGUUGUGAUUCAUUAAUUUAAUCUAUUUGUAGCUCUUUCACUUGUUA